GGGCACAAGCCUUUCCUCAAAGUCAAUAUUUUAUACUUUUGAUACUCCUUGACGCUGGAUUUCAGUCCCCUUUUCCCAGCCGUUUCUACAUCUAGGACACCGAUCUACCGUGCGCAGCCAUCCACGGUGUGAUGAAAAAGUAUCCGGCAGAAGGCAAAAACAAACAGCGAGCCGGGCAGGCAGAAAACGGGAGUACAGAGAGGACCGCGGCGGGGACCGAUUGCAGUGGAUGAUCUGGGGGGAUCUUUUUGCCCCAAAGAGGGGUGGACGUGCACGUACUCCAACGCCACACAAAGUGCAGACCUGCCUCACGGAUGCAUGUUAGAAGACAAUCAGAGGAGCUCGGCCAGUGCAAAACCUCCAAUGGAUAUACCUGAAGACGCAGCAGCUUCUCCUUUACCCUCCCCGACCAGCUUCACUGUUUCCCUGCAGGACACCGCUCUCUGAGACAUGGACUCGCGUUAACAUCUUCCACCCAACUCCCUGCAACACUAUGGUUAAAGUGUAUGCCGAGAUUAAUCUCUGUAACAUUAUCCGCCUCUCCACCCUCCGCCCAUCUUCCUCAGGAAGUAAGCCGUCAAAACAAGAAAGCGUCCCUCUCUCGGCUCUCUGGGGGGCGUCAAUAUUUGUGAAGAGACACUGAGCGAUACACUGUUCUCCUGUCAUUUAGGGAAUUUAUAAGCCUGGAGGCGAGUUGUGUCAAUUUCCCUUCUCCAUUCACAGUACAGCAGUAUGGUGGUAGGAAUGUCCACUAUUUCCUUAUGAUCACCGCUCCAUGCGCUUCACCUCUCCACUGAGAUCCGUGGCCCCCUCACCCUGCGCGCCGGACCCCGUACCAAUCACCCCCCCCAGCCUGCCAUGCUCCUCCAGGCCGUGUUCCUGCUGCUGCUGCACUGCUUGGGCUCCACUCUGGGCCAGUACGAACUGUGCAAGUCCCUGGUGAGCACGGAUGAGGGCUCGGUGUGGGAGCAGUACGCGUGCCAGCCGAAAUCCGCAUCCAUGAAAGACUACAUGCGGAUCAAGGUGGAUCCGCCCGGGAUCACGUGUGGAAACCCACCCGAGAGGUUCUGCACUCUGGAGAAUCCAUACCUGUGCAGUGACGAGUGUGACGCCUCUAAUCCAGACUUGGCCCACCCGCCUCAGCUGAUGCAGGACCGUGAACGUAACGGCCUACUCACCUACUGGCAGACAGUCACAUGGAGCCGCCAUCCAGAGCCCCUGCUGGCCAACAUCACCAUGUCCUGGAACAAGAGUCUAGAGCUCACAGACGACAUCCAGAUCACCUUUGAAUACGGCCGUCCUACCAUCAUGGUACUGGAUAAGUCCAUGGACCAUGGACGCUCCUGGCAGCCCUAUCAGUUCUACGCUGACGACUGCAUGGACGCCUUCAACAUGCCACCCAAACGUGUGCGUGACCUUUCGCCGGCCAACAUCACACGGGUCAUCUGCACCGAGCAGUACUCGCGCUGGGUCGGCUCCAAGAACGAGAAGAAUGUGAAGUUCGAGGUGCGGGCGCGCUUUGCCGUGUUCGCAGGACCACGGCUACAGAACAUGGACAGCCUGUACACUCGCAUGGAAAGUAUGAAGGGAUUGAGGGACUUCUUCACCUUCACCAACCUUAGGAUGAGGCUUCUCAGGCCCGCUCUCGGAGGCACCUAUGUCCAGAGAGACAAUCUGCUCAAGUACUUCUAUGCCAUCUCCAACAUCGAGGUACCUGCCAGGUGUAAGUGUAACCUUCAUGCCUCCCAGUGCCUGCUGCAGGAUGGGAACCUCCAGUGCCAGUGUGAACACAACACCACUGGCCAGGACUGCCAGCGCUGCAGGAAGGGCUUCAAAGCCAAGUCCUGGAAGGCUGGUUCCUACCUGCCAGCACCCAAUGGAACCCCCAACACCUGUACAAUUGCUGGUUCACCCUCCGGUUCUAACUGUGAGUGCUAUGGCCACUCCAACCGCUGCAGCUACAUCGACUACCUGAACAUCGUCACAUGCGUCAGCUGCAAGCACAACACCAGGGGCCAGAACUGCCAACACUGCAGACUGGGAUACUUCCGCAACGCCUCUGCCGAACUGGAUGAUGAGAGCGUCUGCAUCGAGUGUAACUGCAACCAGAUGGGUUCUGUUCAUGACCGAUGUAAUGGCACGGGCUUCUGCCAGUGUAAAGAAGGUGCCACGGGGGCCAAGUGUGACGACUGUGUGCCAGGAUACUACUGGAAACAAGGCUGUUACUCUAACGUUUGUGACGAGGAGAUGCUCCUGUGCCAGAAUGGAGGAACGUGUUACCAGAACCAGAAGUGCAUCUGUCCUCCAGAGUUUAAGGGGGUUCUGUGCCAACACUCCCGCUGUGAGGCGGGCAAGGACUGCAAUGCUGCCUCUUCCCUGCACUUCUCCAUGGCCACCCUGCUGCUCUGCACUCUGCUAUCCCACCUGCUGGCCAUGUUAACUGCCCACUGAGCCACGAAAGCCCCCUCAGACCAAGGAGUGUGUGUGUGUGUACGUGAGGCGAGGGGUGACCCAGAGCGGGCAGGGCCAUCCCAGUCACGGCCCCAACGAACACACACCGCAGCACUUGCAAAAGCGCACACACUACACUAAUAAGCCCCAGUCUGCUAUACACACACACACACACACACACACACACACACACACCUCACAGGACUGUUACGAUACUGAGUGUGUGCUCAAGUGUGAGAAGGACAAACAGAAAAAAAGGGGAGAGACAACAGAGAAAAGAGAUGCAGACGAAGUGGGGGAAAAAUCAUACCAACCACUGUUCCCUUUAUUCCUGAGCUGGAGAAAUGUGCAUCAAACCAAAAAGCAUAAACAAAACACUUAAAUCACCACUGUUUCACUUCAAAGGGAAUGGCUGUUGUAACCACAAGGAACUUUUCUUUUUUUUCUUUGUUGAGUUAAGGAUCUCGCCUCCUUUCGACUGACGGCCAACGUGUGCGUUACCGGACUCAGUGAGAUUGCGAGACGUGUCGACACAGAGGAGGGGUCGGGAGGCGAGGAGCGCAUUUGAUCCUGCUGCUGAGGCCUACAUAGUAUAUUAACCAGGUUUCAUUUCUUCUCAAAAGAUGAGGCUUGAUUUUACAUUUAUUCUAUUUCUGCUGCAUUUUCUUUUUUUAAUUAUAUCUUCAGUCAUUGUAUCUAAUGUGCCCACUAACAGUCGCUGAGAUUAUACAUAUUAUAUAUUAUCCAGGGGGUUACAAAUGAUAAAAACUUAGUCACUAUUAUGGUUGUUAUAGGAAUGAGUGAUUGUUGCCACACUUAGCGAGAUUUAAUCUUCACACAGUAUUCAGGAAGCAGAAUUUAACAGAAUUAUUAUCAGACGUCUAAAAGAGAGAGAAAAGAUAUCAACCACGUAUCAAUAUUAUAUGACAUUAUUUGAAUAUUUUUUGUAGAAAUUAUUUUUGUUUGGACUUACAAUAAAUUCUAAAAAAAAAAAAAAGACAUUUACAACUAUUCUAAAUGAGCAUUUUAUUACACUGAGUGUAAACCUUGCAGUAAAUAUGACUGUUAUUUGC